UGCAGUCAGUUCUGUUGUCACGACGGUACAAGGACGACUUGGACGAAGGUCACCACCACUCAUUCAGCACGAUCCCCAUUAAUAAUACCAACACCAAAAAGUAAACAAAAAACGAAACAGUAUACCUUAAAAUAGGACCCGAGACAAUCACCGACUCGACAAAAAGGAGGGUGAAAUAGUUGAUGACUAAGUUUUUCUAAAAUUUUAAAGAUUUCGUAAAAAAAGAGAAAUGGAUACGUUACGGGAACAAGUCAUGAUUAAUCAAUUCGUUUUGGUGGCUGGAAUAAGUGGUGACCAAGCGCGGAACUUGUUACAAGCGGCGCAUUGGCAUUUUGAGACGGCUCUGAGUCUCUUUUUCCAAGAAGCUGCUGUAGCUCCCCCUCCUUCUACACAACCGUAUCAUAUUACAGGACAACAUCCACACCUACUUCAUGGACAUUAUGGACAGGUACAUCAUAACAAUACACCCGCCACACCCCCAAAUUUUCCCGAUGCUCUACUAGCAUUCUCAAAAUUGUCUGCGAGUGAUAACACGUCAAAUAUAACUAGUUGUUCUCCUGGAGCAUAUUCUAAUAGUACAUCCCCCUUAAGUCACCAGCAUCAAGGGUCAUCCGCUACGGUGAUUGGGCCAUCUAAUGCUAAUGGCAGCAAUGCGUCAAACAAUGGUUUCAAUACUUUACAACAACCUUACGUGAGCGAUGCUUCAAGAUAAUUAAGAAAUUUCAAAAAUGUCUCUUAUUACGGUCAAUAUGGUCUGAUGCAUACUGCACACUCAAUCAAAAUGGAAUGGUACACUAUUUAUCGAACACUAUUGAAGAAUUCUGAAAAUUCUUCUCAUUUAAAUUAUGUUAUGACCGUGUCACAUUGAAUCUAGACAUGUAUCACUUGACUAAUUGACUAUUGUACGACGAAAUGAAAGAUGAAAAUCACCAACUGAUUUGAUAAUUUAAUAGUUCUAGUAUGAUUGCAGCAUUUACAUAUUUCCCUAUAUAAUGACUUAAUUUUAUUUAACAAUUCCUGAUUUGCUCAUGUAACUUAAUAUAAUAUUGAAAAAAUUUAUUUAACUUGUACAAAAGCUCGCAUUGUUUCCGAGAGUCAGAGAGUAUAUAUACUAGAAUUAAUACAAUAUUAAUAUGUAAGAAGUGGGAGAAUGACUCACUUUUGUUGCAUUAGUUUCCCAAGGGGUCAUCGUUUUCAACGUAUGUUCUUCUCCAGGUAGGAGAGGACACUUUUUUAGUGAUGACUUAUCGCUAUUACGUAUAUUAAUACUAAAAACAAACACCACUGUACCCUGUAGUUCUAACAAGUAGUAAUAGUACGGUACUUUUUUGACGUACCAUAGAUGAGGGAAGAUUCGGAAAUUACGUAACGCAAAGUGAUCCUCACCGUAACUGCUACAUACAUAUUAUAGGACUCAAUUUUGCGUUGCGUAAUUUCCAAACCUUCCCUUCGACAAGCUCCAUGAAAAACAAACUGAGCUAAACAAUCUUUAAAUCUCUUAACAAAAUAUUUACAAAAUGUAAUUGACAAAUUAUUUACUGUAUUCGCUCGCUCUGCAUUUAUUUUUAGAUAAAAGUAUUGGAAAUUGGGGUAGAAAACUCGCACUUAUGCCAAACAUUUAUAAUUGUAGUUUACAAUCUAUAAAUAGCAGUUAAUUUAUCAAGUCACUCAACGAAAGUACAUUAUAUGUAAUACUUAUUAUAGCUUCAAAAAUAUUUAAAUAUAGCUCUGUCGUAGUAAAAAAAACUCUGCAACCUGUAAACGUAACAACCCAUCCAGAAUUGUAUCAAUCAUUAAUUAAUCCCUAGUUAAAUACAAAUGGUUGGUUCUUUUAGUCAUUAUUGCAACUAGAACGGUGUGAUCAAGUAUGUGUAAUAAGUGAAAGUAACGAACUUGUUUAAAUCAAUGUAUUAAUGUCAUCCAUGAAUUAUUAUAACAAUUUCAAAUGUCCAGUAUUUUUCUGCACUUUCAUCAACUUUCAAUGCAAAUAUCGAGUUUAUUGGAAUUACCUUGCGUACAUAUAUCUAAAUGGUAACUCUUUUACUGACUUCUUCUUGUAUUGCGUUGUUCCGUGUACUUCCACUUUUAACAAAAUAUUAACACAAACAAAUUAUAUAGUGCAACUUACUUAUAUAACAGUCGUUUAUGUGUAGAUUACGUGUAUGUAGAACUCAUCCAGCCAAAUAUUAAGCGUCAAUUUUUGAUGUAGUCAUUCGUAGUGAAAAAAAUAUUGAGUGCAAAUUUCUAGCAGUUUGUUCUUUUUUCUACUUUUCCAGUCUUGCUCUGGUUUACUUAUGCUUUCUUUUAUAACAAAAAAAAGACGUUGUUUUACGUACAAGAACUGCCAAAUACUUUGUAACUUGUUAUAAAUGAAUGAAUUAUAUUGCUGUCUUGUAUUGUUUCAUUGAUCCGGACACGUUUUUUGUAACGUUAGGAUGAUUUUUUGACUGAGUUAAAUAAAACGAUAAAGUAUAUACGUCAA